AUGGGUCGUAUGCAUGCUCCUGGCAAGGGUAUUUCAGACUCUGCUUUACCCUAUAAACGAACAGUACCAUCGUGGCUCAAAUUAACAUCAGAAGAUGUUGUUGAUCAAAUAUGCAAAUUAGCAAAGAAAGGUUUAACACCAUCACAGAUCGGUGUUAUUCUUCGAGACUCUCAUGGUGUUGCACAAACACGUUUUGUAACCGGCAAUAAAAUCUUACGUAUAAUGAAAGCAAAAGGUCUUGCACCAAGCAAACCAGAAGAUUUACAUCAUUUAAUAAAGAAAGCUGUUGCCAUUCGUAAACACUUGGAACGUAAUCGUAAAGACAAAGAUUCAAAAUUCCGUUUAAUUCUUGUUGAAAGUCGUAUUCAUCGAUUAGCAAGAUAUUAUAAAACUAAAAAAGUUUUACCACCCACAUGGAAAUAUGAAUCAUCGACGGCUGCUGCUCUCCUGGCUUAA